AUGGGCAACGGAGCCAAGACCCUCACCCAGCGCAAGCGGGACACCAAGACCACUAAGGCUGCUGGAUCGCAGCGCGACAGCAAUGAGAAAGCCAUGAACAUCCAGUGCAAGAUCUGCAAACAGACUUUCCUCCAGACCACCAAGGCCCCUGCUCUUAUGGAGCACGCCGCCAACAAGCACGCAAAGCUCCCCGCUGCCAGCUGCUUCGACGCCCUCAGCGGAACAGCCUAA